UCCGCGAUCAAGUCUCAGAGCUUUCACCGGUCAAGUUCCUUCUCUUUCGCUAUCCAGCCCUCCGAGCCAAGUAAGUUUCCCCUUCCUUCUCUACUUUCCCGGUCAUGUCUUCUCUUAGCGAUAGGAUCUCUUCCUCAGAGGACUGCUCCUCUAAGGACUCCAACUCCUCUUCCUCGACCGGGUCUUCUUCUCUUGACUCCACGCCCGGUCAAGUUCCCCAGUCCUCUAUUCCUGACCCGCAUCCCGUUAAUCAGAUGCCCGGUGAAACUUUCGUGGGGAGGGAUGACCCGGUCAAUGACGAACCAGGCCCCUAUGACCUUGAACACGAAACCCGGGAUGCGUGGGAGGAGCGGCUUCAUGCUGCCGGUUACUUUCCGCUUCCCACUUUCUACGUCCUUGACAUACCUUCCCGUGUAUCUAAAAUUGCCUUAAACAAAAUCCGUAGGAGGCUCCCGGAUGGGUAUACCCUCCUCUACGAACCUAACUGGCCCAAUAUCGUUGAACCCCACCGGGAGGAUAGGAUAGGGUUCCAUACCAUUUCCCUGGAUGCGGGCAUAGUUUUUCCCCUUCGCCCCCUCCUUACUGAAGUCUGCCAUGCGUUUAGGAUUUUGCCCGGCCAAAUAACUCCUAACGCCCACCGGUACCUUCAUUCCUUCGUAAAUAUUUGUACUCAUCUGAAAAUUUUUCCCUCUUUGCGUCUUUUCCUUUUCUGCUUCGAAGUCCUACCGGGCGGAUCCGGCUGCGAAGGUUUUGUAUUCUUCAAAGCCCGUACCGGUAGGAAGUUCAUUUCCGAAGUCCCCCAGAGUAACCGGGGAUGGAAGGAAAAAUUUGUUUUCAUCGAGUUCCCCCCCUUUGUCACCCCUUUCGCUGGUCUGAGGUGGAAUGACCACCUCCUCGACCAAGAGUACGCUGCACCGGCUUCCUCCCCUGACUUGGAGGCGAGUCUUGAAGUCCUCAUGCGCGGCGAUCCAUACACCGGGAGGGUCUUCCACUACGGCAGCUGGGUCUGGAGGGUCGAGUCGGGUGGUGAGGGUACCUCCCAGGCCCAUGAAGCAGCGGGGCGCGGGGUACCCUCCCCGGGCAACACUGCGGAGGCUGAGGGCAACUCCCACCCAGAUAUGGAGUUUGAGGAGUUCGCCAUCCCUGACGACCAACCAGCCGGGGAGACCGGGGGCUCCCAAGCCAAUCUUGCCAGGACUUUCCCGGUCAAUCCAGAGACCGUGGAAAUCCUGGAUGAAGAUGAGCCCCAAGACAACCAGUCUAAGGGGAAGGAAAAAGAAAAGGCCGGUCGUCGGGUGAAGAAGGUGGCCACCACGCACCCUUCUUACGCCAAGAAGAGGGCUAGGCCGGAUUCUGAACCGGCCGGUCAGACCAUCGAAGAAGCCUUCAUCAAUCUGGGGCUGAGGCUGAAGGAGGCGGGGGAGAUUGGGCCACAUACAGCAGAUCGGUUGGGGAUGAGUUCCCCUUCCGAAGUCGACCGGCUGAGGAGGGAGAAAGAAGAGAUGGCCCUCAUCUUGAAGAGCCAGGCUGACGAGCUAAUCAGGCUGUCUGGGCUAGCCGGGGCCAUGAAGACUGAGAUCUCCCAGCUGAAGGAGGAGAAUGGCCGGCUUAUGGAUGAAGCCUCUGAGGCCAAGAGGGAAGCAGCGGAGAAGGAAGAGACCUUCCCCGGGCGCGCAGUCGCCUGGGUUGAAGAGAACAAGGUCGUUGCUGCCCGGGUGAUGACGGCGACGCCGGAGAUCGCGAUGGAGUCCUUCAGGCUUCUGUACCGGGAGCCUGAAGGAAGGAAAAUGAUCACCGCGAUUGGAUCCUUUGGAUUCAAGAGCGGUCAAAAGAAGGAUCGGAUCGCCUCUCACCGGUAUGACUUCUUCAAUUGUAUGAUUGUUGCUGAUCAAGAAUCUGGUCGUGAUCAUGAAGGUAUUGUUUUUCAGAAAAAUGCAGGGAGGUGUGAUCAAAAUCCUCUAUUCGUUGAGUCUAAUGCCACUCCUGUGAAGAGCCCAUCAACUGCUCAAGUGGAUGAAGAGGAUUAUAUGGGUGAUGAUAAUGAUGAGUUAAAAGAGGACAAGUGCUUUAUUCGGAGGGAUGAUCCUUCUUCUGAUACGUCUUUUGGCAAUGAGGUAGACGCGACAUUGGAUGGUGGCUUUGAAGAUGGAUCGGAUUUGGCCAUCGGACUUGAGUUUGCUGACAAAAGAGAGUUGAAGAAGAAGAUGGCUGAUGUUUCCAUACAAGGACAUUUUGAAACAAAGACUGUGAAGAGCGACAAGAAGAGGUAUCACAUCACUUAUAACUUGAGAAAGCGUUUUCCAAAGAUGUGCAAAAAGGGGUUGGAUAAACGUUUUGAGGACCUUGCAAAUGCAUACACCAAACGAUCAUUCAAGAGGUUGUAUGGCAACUUGAAAGUAAGGUACCCAACUGCUGGCAAUUACAUUGAUAAGAUCCCAAAGAAAAGAUGGGCCAUGGCGUAUUUUGAAAUAAACUGGUACCAAAUCAUGAUGAUAAAUGGCGCCGAAUCAAUCAAUAGCGUGUUGACGGACGACAAGGAACUUCCUAUUGUUGCACUUUUUAAAGUAGUCUAGAACAUGACUUCAAGGUGGCAUGGAAAAAGGCAACAAGAGUUAAGGUCUCUCGAUGAGUCAAAUCCCCCUGUUACCCCAGCUGUUGAAGCUCAAAUGCGCAAGAGAUUCAACACUGCCUUGCGUUUGGAGUGUCAUCAGUUGAAUCAUUACGAGUUUGAAGUCAAGGGAGUGCACUCUGACCAUGUCGUUCAUCUUUCAAAUAAAACUUGCACCUGCCAAGUGUUUGACAAGGAUAAGAUACCUUGCGUGCAUGCACUCACUUGUUCAGAACGCACACCUGUGUAAUAAAUUCUACACAAAGGA